AUGAAGCAAAAUAUUGGACGGGGCGAAUUUUCUCAGUUCCCCAAGUUGUCACAGACAAGCUGCCAGGAAGACGACGUUUCAACUUACGUUCAACAUUUAAAUGCCCUCUAUUCAGAUUUUGAAUCUAGGUUUGAGGAUAUUUUGACUAUGGUAAUACCACCGUGGAUAAUUAAUCCAUAUGAUGACAUAGAAGAAACGAAUGUCAUAAUACAAGAGGAACUGACUGAACUAAGUACAAACGAAUAA